GCAAAGUUACCAAUACCAACUACUUCCCCUUUUCACUUUCCAAGAAGGACCAUGAAAAUGGAGGAAGACGACGAAAAAAUCCACCUUUACAGCCACCAUUACCACCAAUUGCAGAAGAUAGAGACCCAAAAAACUCAGAAAAAUGGUGGAAAUUUCUCUUAACACUUCAAAAUACAACAACCGGACUUCUCCUUCUCCAUUCUUCUCUUCUAAUACUCUUUUCUUCAGAUUUUCCUUUGAAACCCAUCUCAAGCAGUAUACCUAUUAAAGAAUUCGAUGCAAAGACGGCAACAAAUGAUGAAGAUUUUCAGUACCUUUCUUCUUCUUUGUUUACUCUCUAUAACUUCAACCUCAGAAGCCACUCCAACCGCAAACCCCAUAUGCCCAAUGGACCUUAACUAUAUCCUCAGAAUCCCUUGGAAUGCGACUGAUUGCCGGAACCCCUUUUUUCAGACAACUGCCAAAUCCGCCAUGAAUGAUUCCUCCAAAAUCCCUUGUUGUCAAACCCUUUUGUCCUUGUUUGGAAUUGCUUUGGCCCAACACCUCAAAGAGACUUCUCUUUUCAAUCUCCCAGACCUCCCUACAUCCAAUUCUUGCCUUCGCGAUUUCCAAUCGAAGCUCUCCUCGCUCUCCCUUCCCGACGACCUUGUUUCCCACUGCUUUGAUCCUUUGCAAUUUGUGAUAUCUGCUAGUGUCUGUGCUGGGAUUCAAACUACUCGAGAUUGGGUUUCGAAACUUGGUCAAAACUCGCCGCUUGAUUUUGGGUGUAGGUCGGAACUUGUUGGUCCUGGUUGUGAUGCUUGUCUCGCCGCUGGUUUGAAAGUUCAGACUAUUUUGACUGGAAUUGAUGGUAAUAAAUCUCAUUCUAUGGAUUGCUUUUACUUUGCUGUUCUUUAUGCUGCUGGCAUUGUUAAUGAGUCUGGCCCUGAGGGCGACAGUGCAUUAGAUUGCAUAUUUAAUUUGCCACUGAAUAUUGAAAAGGAUUCAAAAAGUAAACAUUCUGCUCUAGUUUAUGGUCUUACUGCUGCUGCUAUUGGAAUUUUGGUUGUUUUUGUUCUGAUGGGAAUAGGAUUUUGGUUUUACAAAUGGAAAAAAUUGGCUGAGAAGUCUAGUUUAGAGUUUGAUGUGGAGUUGGAUGAACAAGGGUCUAGGCCACAUGCUAGGCCAAACACUGGAUCAAUUUGGUUUAAGAUUCAGGAGCUUGAGAAGGCAACUGAUAACUUCUCUUCAAAAAAUUUCAUUGGGAGAGGUGGGUUUGGUAUAGUUUACAAAGGAACAUUACCUGAUGGAAGUAUGGUGGCAGUCAAGAAAGUAAUUGAAUCAGAUUUUCAAGGCAAUGCAGAGUUUUGCAAUGAGGUUGAAAUAAUCAGUAAUUUGAAGCAUAGAAAUCUUGUUCCACUUAGAGGUUGUUGUGUCAUCGAUGGGAAUGAUGGUUAUGAUGAGGGAGCAAGUGAGAGAUACCUUGUUUAUGAUUACAUGCCGAAUGGAAAUCUUGAUGAUUAUUUGUUCCCUAUACCAUAUGAUCAAGUUGGAACUGUUAAAAAAUCAUUGACGUGGCCUCAAAGGAAGAAUAUUAUUUUGGAUGUAGCAAAAGGCUUAGCUUAUCUGCACUAUGGAGUGAAACCUGCCAUAUAUCACAGAGAUAUCAAGGCGACAAACAUAUUGCUAGAUGCAGAUAUGAGAGCAAGAGUGGCAGAUUUCGGGCUCGCCAAACAGAGCAGGGAAGGACAGUCUCAUCUAACAACUCGAGUUGCAGGAACUCAUGGGUAUUUAGCCCCUGAAUAUGCACUUUAUGGACAACUAACUGAGAAGAGUGAUGUUUAUAGCUUUGGAGUAGUUGUUUUGGAGAUAAUGUGUGGGAGAAAAGCUCUUGAUUUCUCCUUGUCGUCAUCACCACGUGCGUUCCUGAUCACAGAUUGGGCUUGGUCCUUGGUGAAAGCUGGAAAAAUAGGAGAUACUUUAGAUCCUUCUCUACUGAAAGAUGGAGAUUCUUCUAAUUCAAAUCCAAGAGCCAUUAUGGAGAGAUUCAUUGCGGUUGGAAUUUUAUGUUCUCAUGUGAUGGUGGCUUUGAGACCCACCAUUAUGGAAGCUUUGAAAAUGUUGGAAGGGGACAUUGAAGUUCCCCAAAUUUCUGAUCGGCCGGUGCCUUAUGGGCAUCCUUCAUUUGUUGGUGAUGGCAGCAACUUCAGUAUAUCACCGACAUUAAGUGGACAUCAAAUGCAUAACGGUGAUAUGCUCAGAUGAACAAGAAAGACCAAUCACGUACAACAUCAAACUGAAAAGAUAUCUUGAUUUUUCGAUUAGGCGAAAAUGCAUCAAAAUUUUGUUAUAUCUCUCAUAUAGCAACUCAAAUGAAGGCCACUAUUUGAUCCAAAUGCAGUCGCAACAUUUCAGAUCCUGUAAUGAAAUGAUAUCUACUACAGAAAAGGAAAUCUUGGAGACAAGAAUCUGCAAAGUUGAAACUGGUGAGAUAAUAAAAAACUCCAACCUCCAUAAUCAGUUAACCAAACAUUUAGAACUGGAAUAGUUAGGAAUAACAGAUGCUUUGGAUUUAAAAUUAUCUCUUGUAAUGUACAUUGUACAUGAGAUUGUAAAGAUGCCAUCAGGUAUAGCUUUAGUUCUUAUAUCUUAUUGAUUCGUAGAAAGUACAAAAGUGUACAUUUUUCUUGUCCA